CCUCCUCCGGCCUCCAAGAUAGAUUCCUUCAGGAGUAAGGUUGAGCUCCUCCGCCUGCCUCUGGCCCUGUCAUCCAAGUCCAUCAGCCACCGCAAGAGUCAGCUGGGCGGAGCCGGGCAGCACGGCACGGGGGGAGGAGGUGCCCACAGGGGCAAACCCCGCCCACCGGCCUCUGACAUGGACAACGAGUCGCAGUACUCGGGCUACUCCUACAAGUCCUCACACUCCCGCAACUCUAGGAAGCACAGGGAUAGGCGGGACAGGCACCGCUCCAAGAGCAGAGACGGCAGUAGUCGUGGAGACAAGUCGGUCACCAUCCAUGCCCCUGGAGAGCCUCUACUGGACACAGAGUCCACCCGCGGAGACGAUCGGGAUGAUAACUGGGGUGAGACGACCACCGUGCAGACUGGCACGUCAGAACACAGCGUCUCCAACGAGGACCUGACGCGCGUCUCCAAGGAGCUCGAGGAGUCCUCCCCGCUGGAAUGCCGGCGUUUCUUGGGCCCAGGAUUGGGCGCCGUCCUUGGCCUCUUCGCCCUGGUCACCCCCCUGGCUUUCCUGGCUCUGCCGCAGCUGCUGUGGCGCGAGGCCCUGGAGCCCUGCGGCACGCCCUGCGAGGGUCUCUACGUCUCCCUGGCCUUUAAGCUCCUGGUCCUCCUCAUCUCCACCUGGGCUCUGUUCCUGCGCCCGCCGCGCGCUACCUUGCCUCGCUUCUACGUCUUCCGCUGCCUGCUGCUGGCGCUCGUCUUCCUGUUCGUGGCGUCCUACUGGCUGUUCUACGGCGUGCGCGUGCUGGAGCCCCGGGAGAGGGACUACAGGGGCAUCGUGGGGUACGCGGCGUCGCUGGUGGACGCGCUGCUCUUCAUCCAGUACCUGGCCCUGGUGCUGCUGGAGGUCAGACACCUGCAGCCUGCCUUCUGCCUCAAGGUGGUGCGCACAACUGACGGGGAAAGUCGCUUCUACAACGUGGGACAUCUCAGUAUUCAGAGGGCAGCAGUGUGGGUGCUGGACCGGUACUACAGUGAUUUCCCAGUCUACAACCCUGCCCUCCUCAACCUGCCCAAGUCCAUCCUCUCUAAGAAGAGUUCUGGCUUCAAAGUCUACACUCUGGGUGAAGAGAACAACACUAACAACUCUACGGGUCAGUCCAGAGCGAUGAUCGCUGCGGCCGCCCGCAGGAGAGACAACUCCCACAACGAGUAUUACUACGAGGAGGCAGAGAUGGACCGCAGGGUCCGCAAGCGCAAGGCCAGGCUGGUGGUGGCGGUAGAGGAAGCCUUCACCCACAUCAAGCGCCUCCAGGACGACGAGCCAGCCGCGUCGUCCCCCAAACACCCCCGUGAGGUGAUGGACCCCCGCGAGGCAGCUCAGGCCAUCUUCGCCCCUAUGGCCCGGGCCAUGCAGAAGUACCUGAGGACCACGCGCCAGCAGCCCUAUCACAGCAUGGAGAGCAUUAUCAACCACCUGCAGUUCUGUAUCACGCACAACAUGACCCCCAAGGCCUUCCUGGAGCGCUACCUUUCUCCAGGCCCCACGCUGCAGUACCAGCGGGAGAACAGUAUGGGUCGCCAGUGGACCCUAGUGAGCGAGGAGCCGGUGACAUCAGCCCUGAGUCGGGGUCUCGUCUUCUCCCUGCGACGUCUCGACUUCUCCCUGGUUGUCACGGUGACACCCCUCCCCUUCCUCCACCUGGGGGAGGAGUUUAUCGACCCCAAGAGCCACAAGUUUGUCAUGAGGCUGCAGUCGGAAACCUCUGUGUAGAGAGGGAGAGAAAGUAGUGGAUAGGGGGGGAUGCGAGAGAGGAAGAGGGAACCUAUGCUUCAACUUUCCUCAAAGCCCAUCUCUCUCAGUAUUGACCUCCGUGUGAAAAAGGGAGAGAAGACGGCUAUCUGUCUCUUUUUUUGCACAAAGCAGUGGAAAUGUGGCGUCUGCUACCAAGGGCUGGAGGAGAGACCUCUGUGGCUAUCCCGUUUUAUUAACUGUGUGUGAAUGUCUUUGUGUGUGUUACUGUGUUAGUCAUUGGGACUUGUAUGUUUCCUCAUUCCUUGACAGUAACUGGACCGCAUUAUUUGAAGUUGACAUUACUACAUUACUAACCAAUGAACUGAUAAAAUAUUAAAGAUAAAUGUGAAUAGGAAGACUUGAUAAUUUUUUUUUUUAAAGAACUAGAAAAGUUAUGUGCUUGCAAAAGUUGCAAAUUAGCUACGACGUCAACCAAUCAGGUGAUUGGAAUCACUGAAUCGACAAAUAAACUGACUGCUUCCUGACAGUGGAACCAUUUUCAUUGGACAAAAUCUGACCCUGGUCCAAAGGAAGUGGGUUGUUCUAGGGACAGCUGAUGAAUGUUUAGUUGAAACACUGACCAGCUGAUUUUCAUAAGAAAUUAAACGUUUAGGAUAUUUUUUGUGACGUUAAUUAAUGGAUGUUAUGUUGGGGACUUUUGAUGUGUAUUCCAGUGUUGGUUUUAUAAUGAAGAAGACGGAACAGAUACAAAAAACAGACUGAACCUAUUGCCGUCAUGAUAUGAGAGGUUAUUUUUGUUUUUCGUGCCAGAAAGAAGUCCAUAUCAGAUAUAGGGCUGAGUCCCAAUAAUAUCUCAUUUCUCCUGAAUUGUGGACUCAUUUACUACUUCCCAUCAAAAGCAUUGCCUUGGUGGAGGCCAGGGCUAGUGGGAGUUUCCACCAUAUUACUUAUACCAGUCAUCAAGUCAGUGAAGAAGUCAUUUUUUUGGAAGAAAGAGAGACACAUCCAUAGUCAUGUGUACAACAUGACCACUGUACUGUUCUGAACAUUUGACCAUGCCUAAACACACAAACCAACACAUUUGUUUUUAUUAACCUGUACUUGCGUGCAGUUUAAGAUAUGAUUUGUUCGAUUCAAGGCUCUGAGGUGAACAUCAGCAACAGUCCUUAUGGGUCCAGCACAAACAACGGUUCUUGGGCUCUUUGGCAGCUUAGAGCUGCUGUAGUCUGUCUCCUAUUGUUGUAUAUAAAUGGUUUUAUCUUUUUAUAUGUGUACCAUAUGUUCGAGACAAUGGUAGCUUUUUUUUUUCUACAUAAGGAACUGCAUUUUAUUUGAUAAUUUUUAGUAUCACUUGAUGUGAAUGUUUUUCAUAUUUCAUAAUUUUAGGACUAAAUUGUUACGGCCUUUUAAAUAAAUUAUCUCUCGUGAUAUGAUGCUAUGUGCCCCUCCCA